AUGAAUACUAACAAUCAGACGAAUGAAAUUGUUGAUGACGAUGGCCAACAACGUUUUUGUCAACUACGUACAGAGUGGUUUCAUCAAACACCACAUUCAUCUGUACCACAUUUCUACGAACAAACAGUAACUACUACGACAACAACAAGCAUAAAUAAAGAAGCCAAUUCAACAACCGAUGAAAUGACAACAGUACAUUUAGAAAAAAGUCCAAUAAGACGUGUGAAUCUUGUUACAGGACCACAAUCUGCAUAUGCUCGUCUUUUUCCAGAUAAAUAUCGACGAGAACAAGAAGAUAUUACUCGAAAACAAGGAUCAAAAUGGUCGGAUUGUCAACGUUAUAAUUUCGAUCGGAUUCAAAAUCAACAAAUUUCUUUUAGUAACGAUGAUAAAAAUGAACAACUAAGACAAAAAUCUCAUCAAGUUUCAUUCGACGAUCAACAAUGCGAUGAAUAUUUAUCGAAUCAAAAUUCACGACCAAAAUUUGACUCGUAUUGUGCUGAAAAUUUAGCUCGUAUUCCACUUAAUUAUGAUCCCGAUCCAGAAAUUGUCUAUCGUGAUAAUCCAGAUAAAUUUGUUUAUAUUCAAAAAAUUGGCGUGCGCUAUUUAAAACCGCCUACGCCACCACCACCGGAACCUAUCAUUGUAAGAGAAGUGCGAGCAACACCUCCUCAAGAUCCACCACCACUCUAUAUUUCAUCAACACCACCAAUUACACCACGUACUCCAUCGCCAUGGAUUGUUCGUGAACAACCACCAACUCCACCUCGACAUCAACCGGCAACUAUUAUUACUAAAACUUUACCACCUCCGCCGAUACCACCACGUCGUGUUAUUAUUAAACGUGUUCCGCCUCUACCAGCUAAACCUCGACCGGUUAUUAUUGAAAAAUGGUUACCCUAUAAAACGCCACCAGAACGACCAAUUAUUUAUGAGCGAGUACCACAACCAGAACAAACUCAUCGAACACAACGAAAUCUUAUUCUACAAUAUGAACCUGCGCAUGUACGGGUAGAACAAGAUGUUCAAAAUGUGGGCUGUUUUCGUGUGGAUCCACAAAUUUAUCGUGCAAAAUUUGGUUCAUCACUUCGACGUACAGAUAGUAUUCAAAAAGUUUUACAAGAUAUUGGCUGUGAUCCAAAUCUUCUUGUAUCAACGGGUUAUCAACCACAGUAUGCAUCCGUGCAAGAUAAUUAUAUAUCAUCAUCAUCAUCAUCACAUUAUGAUUAUCCAAAAUCAACAACAAAAACGUGUUUUACUGAUGAACAAUUAGCAACAUUGCUUGGCACAAAGAUUAAUACGAAUCAUCAUUACGAUGUGCCAUCAACAUCGACUCAUCAAAAUCAAGUUCAUUAUACAUCAGUUAUAUCAAGUAGUUGA